AUGGUUCGCAUAUACGGAAGGAGAAAAGAACAGCUGUACACUGAUAAUGAUCUAAAUGAAGCAAUAAAAUUAAUCAACGAAAAUAAACUAAAUGUUAUUGAUGCUGCCGAGAAAUACAGAAUUCCUCAAAGCACAUUGUACAACCGUGUAUCAGGUGUAAAUGGUUGUGGCUCACCAGGUCGGAAAACGAUUUUAUCUAAACAAGAAGAAUCGUAUCUUGUGCAUAUUAUUAAAAAAAUGCAGGAGUAUAACCAUCCUAUGUCUAAUUCUGAUGUAAUUAAAUUAGCAAGAUUUUACAUGUUAGAAUUAGGAAAAACUGUUAAAGAAAACGGUCCUGGAAAAGAUUGGUUCUAUGGAUUUAUGGAACGGUGGUCUCUUGAAAUAAAAAUAAUGAGAAGUAUUAAAUUGGAAAGAGUCAGAAGUAAUGCAUUACCAGUUUGUGUCCUUAAUAGUUGGUUUGACAAAUUAUCUUUAAUACUCGAUAAGUUAGAACUAUUUAAUAAACCUGAUCAUAUAUUCAAUUGUGAUGAAAGUGGGUUUUCAGAUGAUCCUGGAACAAAAUCCGUCGUGGUAAAACGUGAGACAAAAUUUCCAAAUGCAGUACACGGCGGAUCCGGAAAGUCGCAAACUACCGUUCUUUUGUGUACAUCGGCCGCGGGCAGAUGUUUACCCCCCUAUAUUCUUUAUAAAGGCAAGCGUUUAUAUAAUACUUGGUUUCCAAAGAAAAAUUACCCAGGUACGAUGUACAAUACGAAUGAGUCCAGGUGGAUGGAUGAAUCAAUAUUUUUUGAUUGGUUCAAGAAACAAUUUAUUAAAGAAACAAAAGACAUACCACGUCCACUUCUUCUGAUAUUGGACAACCAUUUUUCUCAUAUCUCAUACUGUACAACGAAACUUGCAUUGGAUAAUCAAAUUCACAUUUUGGCAUUACCUCCUCAUACUACAAGCGCUUUACAACCGCUUGAUGUAUACACAUUGAAAAUUGUUAAAACACAAUGGCGGAAAUUAUUACAAGAUUAUUAUUUAAAGACUAAAGCCGAUAAUAGAGCCAUUCCGAAAGACAAAAUAUUAUAUUCAUCAAAUGCCAAUAAUACAAAACUGCCACGAGCAUUAUCAACAGAAUAUUUAGUAUCGUCACAAAAUGAUACAGCAACUACCCCAGCAGCAAGAACCAACAUCAGUCAUGUUGGGUUUCGAAUGAGACGAUCACCUUCAGCUCCAUCAGUACUUUCUGAAACAGUUACCCAAAAAAGUUCGACCACAUUACACAUUACAACUACUACUACCGUGCCUGUAACGAGUGCAUUAUCACCACUACACAUGUUACCGCAACGUGAAUCACUGAACCUAUCGACUAUUGGCGAUACGUCGUCUACUUCGAUUGCAUCUAUAUAUAGUACUUCGUCAUUAACAGAUGAUACAAAUUCAAGUAUUCAAAGAGCAAUAACUGCUAGCCUUGAUCAAUACUUGAAGCCAACACUUGUUAAAAACACAAAACGUAAAACAAUGAUUGAGCGUUAUACUGGUGAAAGUUUGACAAGUAUCGAUGCAUUAUAUUGUUUAAAAGCAAAGGAAGUUGAGCGUGAGAGGAAGAAGAAGAAAAUAACGAAUAAACCAGUGGCGAAACGUAGAAAAACAAAACAAACAGAUAAUAUAACUUUAACAGAUAGAGGAUUAUGUGUUGCACCGGCAUUAUUAUCGUCUUCUUCGAUCAUCCUUAGUCCACAAACGCAACUACUUAUCUCAGGCUAUUAUGCAGAACAGCCCUCAACGAAUACAAAUAUGUGGCCAACUAGUCCACCACAUUCGCAUACAUUAGAAUCAUCGUUAGAUCAACCAAGCCAAAAUCAUACUUAUGUUGAUCUGUCUUCAUCUCACUACGGACAACAAAUAGCUAUGCUCUGCUGUAUAUGUUCGUCAACGAUAGUGCCAUCAUUAACGACUUACUGGAAUUGUACAAGGUGCGCAAAUGUUAUUUGUUUUUAUUGUACUCAAACGACAUUACAUCAAUUAUCUGUAAAUUUUCUUUGUGAGUUUUGUGAACUAGCCUGA